AUGUCCGCCGCGACCUCCACCGCCGCGGGUCCCGUCGCGCGCCAGCUCGGACGCGGUAACGCGCUCAGGGCCAAGACCAAGUCCGCAUCCGUCCGCGCGCCGGUCCGCGCCAGGGCGGCGCGCGCCGAGAUCCUCCAGUUCGCCCCCGCCGUGGGAGAAGACGGCAUCCGCGGAGUCUUCAAGAAGCAACCGCCCAGGGACGAUCUCCCCACCGUCCUCGUCGCCGGCGGAGGCAUCGCCGGACUCAUCACCGCGCUCUCCCUGCAGCGCCGCGGCAUGAAGGUGAAGGUGUUCGAGAAGGUGAAGGAGUACAAGCUCUUCGGAGGCCCCAUCCAGCUCCAGUGCAACGCGCAAGGCGCGCUCGAUUCCAUCGCGCCCGACGUGUUGGAGCAGGUGUGGGAGAAAUCCACAAUCACCGGCGACCGCAUCAACGGCCUCCUCGACGGCGUCCUCGGGGACUGGUUCUACAGGUUCGACACCCGCCAGCCGUGCUACAACAACGGUCUCCCGCUCACCCUCGUCAUCGCGAGGUACGACCUCCUCGACAUCCUUCGCAACGCCGUCGGCGAGGAAAACAUCAUGAUGCAAACCGUCGUGGAGAAGUACGAAAACGCCGGGGACAAGGUGAUCGCCACCCUCACCGACGGCACCACUUAUGAAGGGGACGUGCUCGUCGGCGCGGACGGCAUCAGGUCCAAGAUGAGGGCGCAGAUGCGUGACGAGGACCCGGAGAAUCCGCCUUUGGCUUACGCCGGAUACGCGGUUUACACCGCCAUUUGCGAUUACUCCGCCCCGCACCGGACAGCUGUGCACACGGACGUCGAACGCACGGGCUAUCAGGUGUUCCUCGGCCCGAAGCAGUACUUCGUCUCCUCCGACGUCGGCGCGGGUCAGCAGCAGUACUACGCCUUCCUCGACGUUCCACCCGGGGGCGACGACGAGUUCGCCAAGUGCGAGCGCUGGCCCAACUACCGCGCCAUGCUCAUGGACCGGUUCGCCGGCUGGUGCCCCGCGGUUCUCGAGCGUCUGGAGUGCACCAAGCCGGAGGACGUGGAGCGACGCGACGUGUACGACGUCCUCCCGGAUCCCCGGUGGGUGGACGGCAGAGUGGCGCUCCUCGGCGAUUCCGCGCACGCGGUGCAGCCCAACUUGGGCCAGGGCGGCGGUCAGGCCAUCGAGUCAGCGUACGCCCUCGCGGACGAGCUCGCCAAGUGCGAGGGAAAGAAGGGUGUGCAAAAGGCGCUCGUGAUGUACACGAUGCGACGUUUUUUGAGGACCGGGUCGAUCCACGGCCUGUCGCGGUUCUCGAGCCUCAUGAACACGGUGUACCGGAAGUACCUGGGCGACGAGCCGUACGGUUUCUACCCGGAACCGGUGAAACAGUUCUGGAACAACGUCGCGAAGCUCAAGAUUCCCCACCCGGGGUCCGUGGCGGGCCAGAUCGCGAUCAUGGGGACGAUGCCCGGGCUGCUCGAGUACGUCGGAGGCGGUUUCAACAGGUUCGGGCUGCCCGCGUGGCUGGGAGGCGCGAGCCACGGCAACGGGCUCGACAGGGAGCCCAGGUCGCAGGUGCCGGGGGUGUCCGCGCCCAAGCGCGACCUCAAGGCUGAGGAUUUCGAGAUGAAGGGGAUCCCCGGCCUCGCCAAGUGA